AUAUAUAUAUAUAUAUAUAUAUAUCGUGUUUACGCGCGCGUGUGUGUGUGUGUGUGUGUCUGGGAGUGUGUCCGUCGUUCGCAUAUAUAUACAUAUAUAAUAGACAUUUAAGAAGAAAAAUGGCAUUUUCGCCCCAAGGCGGUCGUUCCCGACCGCGAUCAAACCCAGCCGUUGUCUCUACCUCACCUGCCGCUCUUACUGUCCGUGCAUUAACUCUAGACAUUUAUCCCUAUUUUUCUCACAUUCAUAAUUAUAAGACAUUAAUUACAAUGCAUCUGGGCUAACAUCGUUUUAUUAUCAGUAGGUUUUUUUUUUUUUAAUGUGUGUAUAUAUAUAUAUAUAUAUAUAUACAUAGUUAUAUAUAUAUAUGUAUGUAUCUGACGUAUGAAUAUAUAAAUGUUUUUCUACCUUGAAACGGGGUCUGUUCUCGUGCGACUCCACCCCCUCCAUCACCCACAAUUCAUUCAGAGUCUACUCUUUCACCUUACCUUCUACUACACCUUCGCAAAACAACCGAAAUACCAGGAUUGAACUUCAUGCAUGCUUACACAAAAUGUAAUGCGAAAUUGUACAAAAAAUCUACCGUAGUUGGCCAACACAAGAAGAAGAAAAAGAAAAAGAAGAGGAAAAAAAGACAAAAAAAACAUAACAAGCCCCCAAACCAAACCCCAAGCAAACCUUGACCAGAAACGCAAACCAAACACACACAAACUCCGACGGACCGUAAUUUUUGUUAAGCUGGGGGGUAGACACCAACAGAAGCAACAACAAUAACAUUAUUCACUACAAAAACAUGGCCAUGAUGGACGACUAUGUUUUUUUAAUCUCGCAUAUCCGGAACUCUUUUAUUACAAGCGAUAAUACCGGAAUGUAUGAGAUGAUUAUUGAAGGCGAAGAACACGAGAAAGCACAAGAAAAACGCCCCUUGUGGUGGAAUGCCGAGGGUGAUGGCGGUGGUGGUGGUGGUGGUGAUAGCGGUGGGGGUCGCGGGACCCCGUCGUCGUCGUCGUCGACGACAACGACGUCGACGACGACGACGACGAAGACGCCAACAGCAGCAACAACAACAACAACAGCGCGAUACAUCCAUUCGAACCACGAUGGUGGUGUUGACGGUUGUCUGUUUGAUCUAGACGACGGGGAUUUGUGUCGUUCGUAUGACAUAAUGCCAGAUAUGGAUUACGGAGCUCAUCGACGCAGAUCGAACACUGCCCAACGAUUGGAAAGGAUGAAGAAAGAGAAACGGAAGCAGGUGAAAGUGACGCACAUAUCGUGGAGGACGACAGCGGGCCAUUGCAAUCCUGAUGGUGAUCAUGAUGAUAUGUUUGAAAAGAAACCGAUUCCUUUGCCGACGAAAACCAGUGUCCAUAAAGCUGCAUCUUCUCUGCUUGCUCAGCAAUUGCAAACCUCUACAGGAAUUAUGUCUAACCCUUUUCUAGAUUAUGCUAAAUACGAUGGUAAAGCUCAGAUUGUGGUACCCACCAAGAAAAUAGACAUUUUUCUUACUAUGGCCUUGCCUAAAGACCGCGGUUUUCCCAUGCAUGUGGUAGUUGUUGUUAAUGCCAAAGUACAUGAAUUAAUCGGCUUGAUAUGUUGGCAAUAUACCAACGAGGGACGAGAACCUUCUCUCAAGGACAAUGCCUCCAUGUACAGCCUGCAUAUUGCAGAAGACGAUGGAGAGGUCGACAUGGACUUUCCAAGUUUGGACAACCGGGAACCCGUAUCGAAAUUCGGCUUCAGUAAGCUUGCCUUAGUGGAACUCGAAGAACCAUCACCUCCAAUGAAGAAUUCCGUUAUCAUUACAGUGAACGUACCUAAUCGGGGUUUCCACAAGUUCCAAGAGGAGGAUUUGACGAAACCUCUGCGAGACAUCCUCACCAAAGUGUUGAAAAAGAGGAAAAUCAAAUUAUUACCAGGAAUGAACUAUAUUCUUGAGAAACAGAAGGAACCAGGUGUUGCUGUCGAUUUAGACACACUUCUUUCAAAUCUGGACAAUUUUGAUUUCUGUCUUGUCCGCGAACAUAGCACUCGGGGCGAGAUCGAAGAAAUCGACUUCCAGGACUCAAACGACAUGGCGACCACCUUCAUGAGUCCUCAAUACAAAAGCUACAUUGUGAACCUGGUGCAGCGACUUCGCAUCAACACCGAAGUACACUUAGGGGUAAGCGGUGAAAAGGUUGAGAUUGACCCAGUAGCCAGUAAGGGUACGGCGUUGUUUUUUCGUCAGAAGGCUGUGACAUAUGAGGCAGACAUGAUCGCUGCCUGCGACCUACUUGAAGAGAAAUCAAAUGGUAAAAGUAUAUUCCGUUUGAUCUGCUUUGCUGGUCAUGACUACAGACAUUACGAUUUUGAGGCAGACCAUGCUGUAGCAAAAGAGAUCAUUCAGAAAGUGAAUAACAUUUUAAAUCUUCUACUUAGCCAAGUUAGAAAAACAUAUUUGGCCUCUCGAGGGAAGAAACUUAAAAAAAUGCAUUCCAAAUAAUAAUUAAAAAAGAAUAAU